AUGGAGGUUGGAGGCUUUGGGGAUGAAGAGGUUGCUAGUGACGCCUUGAUUGAGAGGUGGCGACCGGAGACGCACACAUUUCAUCUCCGCACUGGUGAGGCUACCAUUACCCUCGAGGAUGUGGAGGUCAUUUAUGGGCUACAGGUUGAUGGACGCCCAUUGUAUAUUGAGGAGCCUUGGGUGCUGUCGCCUUACCAGGAUGAGUUGACUAGGCUCACCGGUUUCACGGCUCAGGAUGGUGAUAUUUUCAGCCAGAGUCGGCUUUUGUUGUCGGCCCUUUAUGCUCACUUGUGCCUCAUAGACAUGCAACAUCGGAUUGGAGAGGACACGUCUCAGGCUGAUGUUGACCGACGUGCGCGUUUAUACCUACUCAUCAUAUUUGGGGCCAUCAUGUUACCGAACACUUCGGGUUCGUAUGUGAGCUUGAGGUAUCUUCGGUAUAUCGACGAUCUCGCCGAGUUAGGAUGUUAUAGUUGGGGCGUUGCUGUGCUGGGCUACAUGUGUCGAGGAUCCUGCCGAUGUUCUAUGGGCACGAGGAUAAAGGUCCUUGUAUUUUGCUCGCUCCUUCAGAUAUGGGUAUGGACUAGGUUGAGACCUUUUCAGCCCAUACCAGCUCACCCUCCCGCUGACUAUCUUGCUGUGCCGAUGCCAUACGCGUAG